AACAACCGCAGUCAAGUCGAAAGCAAGACAAACAUCACUGUCCCACUCUCUUUGCUUUUCAGCUCUCUCUCAAAGACCAGUCACCCAUUGUCUAAAUCCCUGUCUCUCACUUACCCCCAUCUUUUUCACUCUGGUUUCCUCUCUCGCCGGUGGACCAGAAACUCCACCGCCUCUUUUGAAUCGUUGCCGGCAGCUCCUAAUCGCUUAUAACUCCGGUGGCCUGUCUUACCGAUCCAGUCGCGAUGAGCACCGGCGAACUCCUCAGCAUCGAGCCUCAGGAGCUCCAGUUUCCCUUUGAAUUGAGGAAGCAGAUCUCGUGUUCUCUAAACUUGUCCAACAAGACCGACAAUUAUGUGGCUUUUAAGGUCAAAACAACAAAUCCAAAGAAGUACUGUGUAAGGCCUAACACUGGAGUUGUGCUGCCUAGGUCUACGUGCAACGUUAUAGUUACAAUGCAAGCUCAAAAGGAGGUACCUGCUGAUAUGCAAUGCAAGGAUAAAUUUUUACUUCAGACUGUGGUUGCUAGUCCUGGAGCUACACCAAAGGAUAUAACUCCAGAGAUGUUCAAUAAGGAAUCUGGGCAUCCUGUUGAGGAGUGCAAGUUGAGGGUUGUUUAUGUUGCCCUUCCACGACCUCCAUCCCCAGUUCGAGAAGGAUCUGAGGAAGGCUCUUCACCUAGGGCUUCAGUCUCAGACAAUGGCAGCUUGAAUGCUGCAGAAUUUACAGCUGUGUCAAGAGCUCAUGUUGAGCAGCAUGAACCUCAAGAUAACUCAUCUGAUGCAAGAUCUCUUAUUUCCAAGCUAACUGAAGAGAAAAACUCUGCCGUUAAUCUAAAUAACAAGCUUCAGCAGGAACUGGAUCUCUUGAGACGAGAAGCCAAUAGAAGUCAUGGUGGUAUUCCAUUCAUGUAUGUAAUUCUUGUCGGCUUGGUUGGCAUCGUUUUGGGAUACCUUUUGAAAAGAACAUGACCACCAGGUUUUACCCUUUCGUUCUUUGAUGCAACUUCAUGGCUGGUAAAAAAUGAAAUGUAGAAAAUUUUAAAAAACAAAAAACAAAUGUUUGACGUAUUGAGGUGUAGCCUUUGUUGAAUGUAUUACUUACUGGUCUUUAUGGACUCUUAGAAAAACAUGCCCCAAGGUGUGACGGGUAAGAAGCAACUUUCCUUCAUUGUAUUACCAUGCAUUGACAGUAGAUCUUUCAAGUGGGAAUUACUGGAUUUCAUAGUUGUGCCCAA